AUGGACAGCCCCACCUUCGCCUCCACUGCCGAUGGAAAAGCAAAGUCGAGCGGCUCCUCCUCCAUAUGGACAAUAUUUAUGCAUGCCGAUGCGACGGACAUGUGGCUGAUGGGGCUGGGAUUCCUGGGGUCCUUGGGGGACGGGUUCUCUCUCCCGCUGAUGCUGUUCAUCACGAGCAAGAUAAUGAACAACCUAGGUGAGACCUCCGAGGCUUCGUUCGCCCAAUCAUCCACCUUUAUCGACUCCAUCAACAAGGUGAGUUCGACCUGAAAAACCACAACAGUUUGUGCUACGCAAAUUCCUCUUUUUCUCAGAAAGUGAUUUGACAAGUAAAUUCUGCUCCAGAAUUCGGUGAAUUUGCUGUACAUGGCUCUUGGGUUAUGGUUCGCGUGCUUCUUUGGUACUCUUCUUGUUCUUCCUCUUUACGACGCUAUUUUCUGUUAUUCUUUGUGAGCGCCAGCAACAUGGUUCUUUCCUCUUCUUUCUGAAGAGGGCUACUGCUGGACGAGAACGGGGGAAAGGCAAGCAUCGAGGAUGAGGGCGACGUAUCUGAAGGCCGUCCUGCGUCAAGACGUCGAAUAUUUCGACCUUCAGGUGGACAACACAACGCAGGUCGUGACCAGCGUCUCCAGCGACUCCCUCGUCAUUCAGGACGUCCUCAGCGAGAAGGUUCCUAAUCGCAGACCUCUCACACCCCUCCAUCCCCCCGCUGCAACAGUGCGGUUCUGAAAUCGUUGUCCUGUUGCCGCCAGGUGCCCAAUUUCAUCAUGAACACGACCGCCUUCUUCGGCAGCUACAUCGUGGCGAUGAUCCUGAUGUGGAGGCUGGCGACGGUGGCCCUCCCCACGUUGCUCCUCCUCAUCAUCCCUGGGCUAAUGUAUGGCAGGAUCCUCAUGGGCCUGGUCACGAAGAUCCGAUCCGAGUACGACAAGGCUGGGUCUAUCGCCGAGCAGGCUAUUUCCUCCAUCCGCACGGUUUACUCCUUCGUUGGCGAGAGCAAGACGAUGGCCGAGUUCUCCACCGCGCUUGAGGGGUCCGUCAAGCUGGGCUUGCGGCAAGGCCUGACCAAGGGUAUCGCCAUCGGGACCAACAGUGUCACCUACGCCAUCUGGGCUCUCCUUGCCUGGUACGGCAGCCAACUGGUUAUGUACCACGGCGGCCAGGGUGGCACCGUCUUCGCUGUCGGCGCUUCCAUCAUUAUCGGAGGCCUGUAAGAAUUCCUUGACAUAUCUCACGACGAAUGGUUCUUAUUCAUUCGUCUUCCGAAGUGCAAUUACUGCUUGUUUGUUCGUCCGUUGCGUUGAACAGAUCCCUGGGUUCCGGACUCUCCAAUGUGAAGUACUUCUCUGAGGCCACCACAGCGGGGGAACGGAUCAAACAGUUGAUCAAGCGAGUGCCCAAGAUCGACUCAGAGGACGCCAGCGGUGAGGUCCUCGUUAAUGUGCUGGGCGAUGUGGAGUUUAGAGCUGUUGAGUUCGCGUACCCCUCCAGGCCUGAAACACCAGUUUUCCGGAGCUUCCACCUGAAGGUACCUGCGGGGAUGAGAGUAGCGCUCGUGGGCGAAAGCGGGUCCGGCAAGUCGACGGUGAUCUCGCUACUGGAGAGGUUCUACGACCCGAAGGGCGGGGAGGUGUUACUGGAUGGGGUGGACAUCCGUAGGCUGCAGCUCAAGUGGCUGCGGUCGCAGAUGGGGCUGGUGAGCCAGGAGCCCGCCCUGUUUGCCACAUCUAUCAAAGAGAACAUUCUCUUCGGAAAGGAGGACGCUACCAUGGACCAGGUGGUUGCCGCCGCCAAGGCCGCCAACGCCCACGGCUUCAUCUCUCAGCUCCCCCUUGGUUACGACACCCAGGUACAUCUCCCGCAUGCCUCCUCCUCCACCCUCCCUUUCUCUCCCUCUCCCUCUUUCUCUCUCUAUCACUCUCAGCAUUUUUCUUAGAAAUACGACAAUUUCCGCAAUUUCACUAGAUAGUCAGAUCAUGAUCCUUCCACCGUUGACUUGCCGCAUAAUCAGGGCCCCCUUCUCCAGGUGGAGAAUCUGUUCCACCUCAGAGUCCACAUAAACCCGUUGGAGGGAGUAAGCCCCGGUGGAAAGCGUUCUCCUUUUGGCACUCCACUUCCACAAUUUUCGACUUUCAAACCAGAAGGCCCCAGUCUCUAAAUCGUCGCUAUGAUUGUCCUCCUGCCUCCUUCCUCACACCCUCGGUGGUGUUGAACUCUAGUUCUGGCGGCCCAACGUCCGGCCAGUGAAACUUUUACAACGCAGAGGAUCCACUAAUUUAGUCCCAUCUCCGUCGGCUCCACGAGAGCCACCAGGAGACCCCGCGGGGCCCUGCUCGUCGGAUGGGCGGUCGCAAUCGAUCAGCAGGGACGUUGCAGGCGGGCUGGCUAUACGCACGCGACGGCACUGUCUCCUUCUCGGCCCUUUCCUUGCAAGAGUGGACUCCAUUAAAGUCAGCGCCCGUCGUCGUCACCGGACCCUCCGGCCACCGGCGACAGCAACGUGCCGAUCGUACUUCUAGAAUAUCUGUCCUAACCUCCACCACGGCUCCCCUCCCGGGCUCCCAGUCGACUCCCGUUUCCUUCGGACAUGACCCCACCCACAGCAAUGGCUGUAACCAGCCUCGGCGUACAUUCCUCAUUGUGCAUGCAUCUUUGCGUGGCGGGAUAAAGAGUCUCUGAUCACAUUGGAGAAUAAAUGUUCGAAUUUAUGUUUUAUUAACUUCGUUCCAAAUUACCCAUCUUGAUCCCCUCGAGCGGAGGGCGGUGCCAGUACUUGCCCGGGUCUGAGCAAGUGUUUUACCCUGAACUGUACUGCGCAGGUGGGCGAGAGGGGCGUCCAGAUGUCGGGUGGGCAGAAGCAGCGGAUCGCCAUCGCCAGGGCAAUCAUAAAGGCCCCCAAGAUCCUCCUCCUUGACGAGGCGACCAGCGCGCUGGACUCCGAGUCGGAGCGCAUUGUCCAGGAGGCCCUGGACUUGGCGGCCAUGGGCCGGACCACCAUCGUCAUCGCGCACCGUCUCUCGACCAUCCGCAAUGCAGAUGUGAUCGCGGUCGUCCAGGAGGGUCAGGUGGUGGAGUCCGGCUCCCACGAAGAGCUCGUCCGGGAUCCCACUGGCGCCUACGCGUCCCUGGAGAAGCUGCAACGGAACGCCGCUAAGGGCGGCAGGGAAGAAGGGACCUCCUCGAAUGCGGCGGGUGGAGGGACUUCUCUGUCGUCGCAGUUCGGCACUAAUUUGGACCAAAGCAGCCACAGCAUGAGCUGGAGGCGCUCGUCGUCGAGGGUCAGCCGGUCGAGCUCGGCAAGCUCCUUCAGGGAUGCUUCCACGACGGUAAAGCAGGAUGGCGGCGGCAGGUUGGAGGGAACGGAGGUUGAGGCCUUCCCGGUCCCGUCGUUUCGGAGACUGCUUAUGAUGAACGCACCCGAAUGGAAGCAGGUGACCUUGGGACUGCUCAGCGCAGCUCUGUUCGGGGCCAUUCAGCCGGCGUACGCGUACGCGAUGGGAAGCGUGAUAUCCGUCUACUUUCUGACGGACCACGACGACAUCAAGUCUCACAUCCGUAUGUACACCUUGAUCUUCGUCGCCCUCUUUAUCUUAUCCUUCGCUCUCAACGUGUGCCAGCACUACAACUUCGCCUUCAUGGGGGAGCGACUUACGAAGCGAAUCCGAGAGCGGAUGCUCUCCAAGAUCCUCACCUUCGAGGUCGGCUGGUUCGACCAGGACGAGAAUUCCACCGGUGCCAUCUGUUCCCGACUCGCCAAAGACGCCAGUGUGGUGAGUCAAAACGUCUCUAUCCAUUGAUCAUCAGAGAGUCUACAACGGGUGGCCUCCCGUGGGAACCGCACGCUCACGGGGGAGUUUGCUCAAACGCUACCGUUUCAGGUGAGAUCCCUCGUCGGAGAUCGGAUGGCGCUUCUGGUACAGACCUUCUCGGCGGUAAUCAUAGCCUGCACCCUGGGGCUGGUCAUUGCGUGGCGGCUCGCACUGGUCAUGAUCGCCGUGCAGCCCAUCAUCAUCAUUUGCUUCUACGCCCGCCGCGUGCUGCUGAAGCGUAUGUCGGCCAAGGUCAUCAAGUCGCAGUCGGAGAGCAGCAAGCUGGCCGUCGACGCCGUCUCCAACCUCCGCACCAUCACCGCCUUUUCUUCCCAGGACCGCAUCCUCCAGCUGUUCGACGCGUCGCAGAUGGGGCCCCGGCGGGAGGCCAUUAGGCAGUCGUGGUUCGCCGGCAUCGGUCUAGGCACCUCCCAGAGUCUGAUGACCUGCACAUGGUGCCUCGACUUCUGGUACGGCGGCCGCCUCAUCUCCCAGGGAUACAUCACCGCUAAGGAGCUCUUCCAGACUUUCAUGAUCCUCGUCAGCACCGGUCGGGUCAUCGCCGAUGCCGGUAGCAUGACGACCGACCUGGUCAAGGGCGCCGAUGCCGUGGGCUCCGUCUUCGCCGUGCUCGACCGCUGCACGAACAUCGAACCCGAGGACGCCGACGGCCAUCGCGCGAAGAGCUUGACGGGGCGCAUCGAGUUCCGGGACGUGGUGUUCGCGUACCCCGCCAGGCCCGACGUUAUAAUCUUCAACGGAUUCUCCCUCAAUAUUCAGCCCGGCCGAUCAACGGCGCUGGUGGGCCAAAGUGGCUCUGGCAAGUCCACAGCGAUCGCCCUCAUCGAACGGUUCUACGACCCGGCGAAGGGCAGCGUCAAGAUCGACGGGAGGGACAUCAAGUCCUACCACUUGCGCGACUUGCGCCGCCGCAUCGCGCUGGUGGGCCAGGAGCCGACCCUGUUCGCCGGCACCAUAAGGGAGAACAUUAUCUACGGCGCUGAGAAGGCAAGCGAGGCGGAGGUGGAGGCCGCGGCGCGGACGGCCAACGCGCACGACUUUAUCAGCGUGCUCAAGGACGGCUAUGACACCUGGUGCGGAGACCGCGGGAUCCAGCUGUCGGGGGGCCAGAAACAACGCGUCGCGAUCGCCCGGGCCAUCCUGAAGAACCCGGCCGUGCUGCUGCUGGACGAGGCCACAAGUGCGCUGGACUGCCAUUCGGAGAGCGUCGUCCAGGAGGCACUGGAGAGGGUCAUGGUGGGGAGGACCAGCGUCGUGGUCGCGCACCGGCUGAGCAGCAUCCAGAACUGCGACGUGAUCGCGGUAGUGGACAAGGGGACCUUGGUGGAGAAGGGAACUCACGCCUCCCUCCUCGCCAAGGGCCCCUCUGGCGCCUACUUCUCUCUGGUCAGCCUCCAACAGCGCCUCACGUCUGCCGACAACUGA